AUAUUAUUUUAUAGCCGUCUUCCACUUUAAAUAUUAACCUCUUCCCUUGUGCAUCCAUUCAUCCAGAUUCAUCAUCAAUGGGUAUGGCAGAUGCAAAAGAAAGAUAUGCUGUUGUUACUGGUGCAAACAAAGGAAUAGGAUUGGAGACUGUUAAAGGGUUGGCCUCAAAUGGAGUCAAAGUAGUGCUCACAGCUAGAGAUGAGAAAAGGGGUAAUCAAGCUAUUCAGAAACUGAAAGAAUGUGGUUUCUCUGGCAUUGUUGUUUUUCACCAGCUUGAUGUCACUGACCCUGCUAGUAUUGCAUCUUUGGUUGAGUUUGUUAAGAUUCAAUUUGGGAGACUUGAUAUAUUGGUGAACAAUGCAGGAAUCAAUGGGUUCAAUACAGAUGGCAUGGUGGGAUCAAAAAUUAACUGGAAGGAGCUACCUCAAACUUAUGAAAUGGCUGAAAAAUGCCUAACAACAAACUACUAUGGUGCUAAGGAAACAACUGAGGCAUUUCUUCCCCUUCUUAAGUUAUCCAAUUCACCAAUGAUUGUUAAUGUUUCCUCCCAAGCAGGGUUAUUAAAGUACAUAUCAAAUGAAUGGGCUAGGAGGGUGUUUGAUGAUACUGAAAAUCUCACUGAAGAGCUAAUAGAUGAGGUACUAAAGGAGUAUAUGAAAGACUUGAAAGAAGGUUCACUAGAAAACAAAGGGUGGCCAACUUACCUAUCUUCCUAUAUGGUCUCAAAAGCAGCCAUGAAUUCUUACACAAGGCUUUUGGCAUAUAAGUACCCAAAGCUGUGCAUUAAUUGUGUUUGUCCUGGUUUUGUUAAAACAGACAUUAACAAAAACACAGGCAUAAUAAGUGUUGAAAAUGGUGCUGCUAGUGUUGUUAGAUUAGCAUUGUUGCCUAAUGGUUCCCCUUCUGGCCACUUCUUUUCUCGGCAAGAAGUGUCAAGCUUUUGAAUGAUUUUAGUGUGUUAAAAGUCUUGAAGAUGACAGGGGUAAAAAAAUUAUAGGCAGCGUGUAUUGGAUGAUAUUUUUUGACCUUAUGUAACAUAAUGAAAUGUGGGGAAUGCAUCUAAUUUGGCUCCUUUAU